AUGGUUGUUGUUACUAUUGCUGAACUGAAGCCGAGUAUGUCUGGAAAGAGGUCCUUUCGUCAAAAUUCCAGCAGUAUCAGGCAUGCCACUGAAUGGCCUAUUUCUGACGUUUCAAGUGAUAUUAUCGUCGAGGUUGGAGCAUCAAGCUUUGCACUUCACAAGUUCCCCCUCAUUUCUUGGAGUGGAAGAAUCUGGAAGGCGUUGAUUGACGCAAAGGAUGGGAGGAUUUCACGCUUGAAUCUUAAUUCUAUUCCAGGUGGAGCAGAGGCAAUUUGAGCUAGCUGCCAAGUUCUGCUAUGGGAUAAA